AUGGGUUCUUCUCUUUGUGAAAUCUGCUCAGUCGAACAAGCACGCUAUACGUGUCCUAAGUGCAAUAAGAGAAGUUGCUCCGUUGCUUGCAUCAAGAAACACAAAUCUCAAGACUCCUGCACCGGAACCGCAGAUGAUAUAGCGAGCUAUGUGUCUAGGGAGAAACUCAAAAGCGCUGACACUGCUGAUGAAACUAAUAUGUUAGUCCAGCGGGACUACAACUUUUUGAUGGGCAUGAACAGAAGAUUUGAGCUUUUGAAGCGCGAUGGGAAAUCGAAGAACAAGAGAGCACUGGUUUCCGCGCACAGUCAUGGGCAUCCCACUCAUUUGAGAAAGCGCCAGAAUCUUGAAAAGAUUCCCCAGGUAAUUAGACGAGGGGUCUACUGCAUAUUGUUACCAAAGGGAAUGCAGAGAGCAAUUCAAAACAAAAGCAAGUGGGACAAAACCUUGGACUUGUUUGUAUGGUCUUUGGAAUGGUCUAUCAUAACUCCCGAAGGAAAGCUAGAAUUCAAUCAUACAAGUCAUAGAAAUCGGGAGACAGAUACACUAUUUGAAUGCAUAGGUAAAUCGAUUCAAGGAAAAUGCAACGAUAUAUUUGCGCCCCCGGAGGAAAAACCUGUAAAUUUGGACGAUACUGUUGAAAUGGCAUCUGUAGAAGCUCCAGCAGAUGCUCCAGAUGUUAUAAGAGGACAUAGUAAAUUGUUUUCUGCACAAAGUUUGGAAGCUGGGUCACCUCUGAUCGAUCAGGAAGUGAAAACACAUCCAGACGCUAUGAAAGAAACAAAAUCAGAAUGGUCAAAUGGCCUAGGGCUGAGAUAUUACAUCAAGUGGUUUCCAGAAAUUUCUGAGCACUUUUCAGAUCCCAAAACGUUAAUUCCUUUGGACCCGACCAAAAGUAUCGGUGAAUUACUCCGGGAUAAGAUUGUCGUCGAAUAUCCAACAAUUCUUGUCACUCAAGGUGAAUUACCGACUGAAAGUGGAUUCGCUCUAAAAGACCAGAUGUCGAAGAUAAAUGACGAAAAUCAAAGCAGUACUAGUGACAGCUCUAGCAUAUCUUCAGAUGGAGAAUCGGAUGAUACCGACGAGUUGGACUCGAGCGAUGCCGACGAGGAACCAACUGAAAGCUCAAGCAAGCCUUCAUUUAACCCGGCCACACAAACUGAAACGAAUGACUACAAUCGCGCAGAUGAAGACGAAGAAGAAGAUGACUAUACGCCUGGGAUUUCAUUAGAUUUUCUUGCAGACUAG